AGUGGUUUCACUUGGCCAAUUCCUAGGGUGACAGUAGAAGUGAGUCAAGUUUUUGGCGCCGUUGCCGGGGACGGCUAGGUUGUUGAAGAAAAGUGAUUUCUGUUAAUUUAGCUUUUCUUUUUGCUUUGUUUGCUUUGUCCCACUUGUGCCUUCACGGGUUUGCUUGCUUGAGUGUGUGCAGGUAGUGCAUGACCCGUAGCCAGUCAGGAGGUUUACUGUCGUUGAAUCCAGAGAUUGAUCGCACCUGUCGCCAGCUCAGGAGACAACAGCGAGCUAGACUGGCUACGGAAGAGCGCAUAGACGGCCACCUGAGUAGCGAUUCUGAAGAAGAGCACGGGAUGGACGGAGACUACAAUCAACACCAGGGGAUUUGGGCCAAUUUAUUUUCGGAUGGCAUUUUCGUAAUUUUGUGGGCGUCGAGAGGCCAUUUUCUUUGGAUUUUGAAGGCUACAGAUCACGGAUUCGGCCUGACACUAUUCUUCAACGAUGACUAAGUCGAUUAAGCACCAAUUUGGGCGGAUUUAUUCCGGGUCAAUUUUUGGCAGAUUGCAAAGGGGUACCAUCACCGAUUUUGGGCGAUUUUUCCGAAAUGCCAUUUUCCUUCGAUUAUGGAGGCUACAGAUCACGAAAUUAGGCCGAGGCUAUUCUCCACCGAUAAUGAAUUCUAUUGAUCCUAUUCUCCACGGAUGAUAAGUCCAUUAAACACCGAUUUGUGCCAAAUUAUUUUCGGAUGGCAUUUUCGUAAUUUUGUGGGCGUCGAGAGGCCAUUUUCUUUGGAUUUUGAAGGCUACAGAUCACGGAUUCGGCCUGAGACUAUUCUUCAACGAUGACUAAGUCCAUUAAGCACCGAUUUGGGCGGAUUUAUUCCGGGUCAAUUUUUGGCAGAUUGCAAAGGGGUACCAUCACCGAUUUUGGGCGAUUUUUCCGAAAUGCCAUUUUAUUUCGAUUCUGGAGGCUACAGAUCACGAAAUCAGGCCGAGGCUAUUCCCCACCGAUAAUGAAGUCUAUUGAUCCUAUUCUCCACGGAUGAUAAGUCCAUUAAACACCGAUAUGGGCCAAUUUAUUUUCGGAUGGCAUUUUCGUAAUUUUGUGGGCGUCUAGAGGCCAUUUUCUUUGGAUUUUGAAUGCUACAGAUCACGGAUUCGGCUGAGACUAUUCUUCAACGAUGACUAAGUCCAUUAAGCACCGAUUUGUGCGAAUUUAUUCCGGGUCAAUUUUUGGCAGAUUGCAAAGGGGUGUAUACCAUCACCGAUUUUGGGCGAUUUUUCCGAAAUGCCAUUUUCUUUCGAUUCUGGAUUCUACAGAUCACGAAAUCAGGCUGAGGCUAUUCUCCACCGAUAAUGAAGUCUAUUGAUCCUAUUCUCCACGGAUGAUAAGUCCAUUAAACACCGAUUUGGGCCAAUUUAUUUUCGGAUGGCAUUUUCAUAAUUUUGUGGGCGUCGAGAGGCCAUUUUCUUUGGAUUUUGAAGGCUACAGAUCACGGAUUCAGCCUGACACUAUUCUUCAAAGAUGACUAAGUCCAUUAAGCACCGAUUUGGGCGGAUUUAUUCCAGGUCAAUUUUUGGCAGAUUGCAAAGGGGUACCAUCACCGAUUUUGGGCGAUUUUUCCGAAAUGCCAUUUUCCUUCGAUUAUGGAGGCUACAGAUCACGAAAUUAGGCCGAGGCUAUUCUCCACCGAUAAUGAAUUCUAUUGAUCCUAUUCUCCACGGAUGAUAAGUCCAUUAAACACCGAUUUGUGCCAAAUUAUUUUCGGAUGGCAUUUUCGUAAUUUUGUGGGCGUCGAGAGGCCAUUUUCUUUGGAUUUUGAAGGCUACAGAUCACGGAUUCGGCCUGAGACUAUUCUUCAACGAUGACUAAGUCCAUUAAGCACCGAUUUGGGCGGAUUUAUUCCGGGUCAAUUUUUGGCAGAUUGCAAAGGGGUACCAUCACCGAUUUUGGGCGAUUUUUCCGAAAUGCCAUUUUAUUUCGAUUCUGGAGGCUACAGAUCACGAAAUCAGGCCGAGGCUAUUCCCCACCGAUAAUGAAGUCUAUUGAUCCUAUUCUCCACGGAUGAUAAGUCCAUUAAACACCGAUAUGGGCCAAUUUAUUUUCGGAUGGCAUUUUCGUAACUUUGUGUGCGUCGAGAGGCCAUUUUCUUUGGAUUUUGAAGGCUACAGAUCACGGAUUCGGCUUGAGACUAUUCUUCAACGAUCACUAAGUCCAUUAAGCACCGAUUUGGGCGGAUUUAUUCCGGGUCAAUUUUCGGCAGAUUGCAAAGGGGUACCAUUACAGAUUUUGGGCGAUUUUUCCGAAAUGCCAUUUUCUUUCGAUUCUGGAGGCUACAGAUCACGAAAUCAGGCCGAGGCUAUUCUCCACCGAUAAUGAAUUCUAUUGAUCCUA